AUGGCCUCAGAGUUUAUCUUAAGGAGUUUGGUUAUAGUUUCCCUUGUCACAUCCCUAGCGCUGCCAGGCUCUCUCGGAGCAAUAGAGUGUGAGAAUCUAAGCAAGGAAACAUGUUCAUUUUCUGUUUCAUCUAGCAGCAAAAGGUGUGUCCUAGAGAAAUAUGUGAAAAGAUCAGGUGAAGAAGCAUACACAUGCAAAACAUCAAAUAUUGAAACUGAUAAACUAAAAGAUCACAUUGAAAGCGACCAGUGCAUAAAAGCUUGUAAUUUAGACAGAUUAUCACUUGGAAUUUCAUCAGAUGCACUUCUGGAAUCUCGUUUCAUAGCAAAGUUAUGUUCUCCACAGUGUUACAAGAGUUGUCCAAAUGUUGUUGAUCUUUACUUCAACCUAGCAGCCAGUGAAGAUGUGUUUCUUCCUAAGUUGUGUGAGAUGAAAGGUGGAAAUGCUCGCCGCAUAAUGGCGGAAUUGAAAAGCUCCGGUAUUGUGGCACCGGGACCUGUGGAUCAAAUGUUGUUUGCAGCAUCAUCUCCACAAUCAUUUAGUUCUGUUGAGUUUGCAGCUGAGCCUAUGGAUGCAGAUCUAUCAUGA